CUGACGGAGGGGACAUCGUGACGUCGAUUUCAGUAGGGUUUUUGAUUCUCUUCUUUUCGCGCCCUAAGAGAAAGCAAAAUGGAACCACUGAAGAUUGAAAUGGUGCAAUUAUGGUCCUCCUACGAACUACAGUCAUGAAUUAGAAGAUUGACGAGCUAGCUAGAGCACUUUAUUGGAAGUCAAAUUCAAUUUAGGCACCCAUCAACGAUUUGCCAUUUGAACAACCAUCUUUGGUGGCUACCAUGAAAAGCAGCAGGGGCAACUGGAAGUGCUCUUAACUUAAGUUUCUGGACUAGCAAUGGCAUCUGAACCACAAUUUGACCUCGAUUUUCAUGGUGGAAAUUCUCGGUGGAAGUGGAAGUAAUGUUAUUUUGUCAAACACUUCGCUUGAGAAGGUGCAAUCAAAAGUCCAAGGAAAUUUUCUGACAUGUUAAAAUUUUUCUUUAGCAAUUUCACAGUUGAGAUUGGUUGGAGGAUUGAACUUAAUACGGAUGCUUUUGAAAUCAAAUAUCACUGUCAAGCAAUCGCACAUCCAGAAUGGACAUAUGCUUGCUUGCGCACAAUUGGUAAGGCGUCUAUAAGGUGUUUGCAAAAAGUCCCCAAAGAGGGUAAACUAGAUUGAUGAUGCAUACCGAACUUCUUUUGGGAGGCAACAAUUGUGAUGGCUGCAGCAUGUUCAGCAACAGCUCUUAUAGCGUGUUGGCUGUGGUGGCUGCGCAACAGACACGACAAUGCCGAUAAUUAUGUUCCAGGUAAAUUUUUAUGAAUUUUUAAACUGUGUAAAGCUGCAAGAGUCCUAACGUCACGAUUAAAAUUGAAGUGGGACAAGCAACAUGACAUGUUUCUCUUGUGCUUGAACUUUAAGCACAUAUUAAUAAUGGAGUUUUCCAAUGGGGGUGGCAGUAGGCCAUAACAAAACCCACCAAUCCGAGAAUACACCACUACAAGCUAAUAAGUCAGACUUUGCUUUUCAGACAAAGCGCAUUCAAAGUGAGCCAUUUCAAAAAGUUGUAAGUGGGACUAAAAAAGCAUUGCAUUCUAGAACUGUAGGCCUCAAUUGUCUUCUUUUGAAUUUAUAUCUUUUCACACAACCUUUUCUUGUUGAUUCAUUACUAAUAUUUCUUUCUUUCUUUCUUUUUUCCUGUUAUCGUAAUUUGUAUACAGCAUAUAAUUAUUUUUUAUUUUUUGAGAGAUAAAUGCAGCAUAUACUAAAACAUGUGAAUCUCACCUUUUAUAUUACAUUCCUAUAAAAUAAAGAAAAAAUAGAGUAAGUCCCGACUCUAUUUUAUUGUGCUUGAAUCAAUGUAAUGUCAACCCAUGUGGCACUCAGCCAAUUGCCCACCAACCCCAACUUGAUGGAAUAGCUGUCCACGUCCUGCCACGAGGCUUAUCCUUUCAUCAUCUAUAUAAGGAACAUCAGAAAUGCAUACUUCCGGCCAUAACCAAUUAUACCCUCUCAAAAUUCUCCGGCAUAAUUUCUGCAUCUACCCUCAUCUCCAUCCCCAUUCUAUGAGGAGUAAAAGAAUGCCUACCAUUAACCUAGAUCAGAUUCAAAGUUUUGAAGAACAUGAUAAUAGCCUUGAUCAACAUAAUGUGUUGGUUGAGGAGAUUGAAGGCCUAAUUAGAGUUUACGGAAAUGGGUAUGUGGAAAGACCACAUAUAGUUCCCUGUGUCUCUAAUGCAUUGCCGCCAGAGCUCGGUGUUACUUCUUGGGAUGUAGUUGUGGAUAAGUUAAACAACAUUUGGGCCCGUUUCUAUAUUCCACAAAAGUGCCAGGAGAAGCUGCCUUUGCUCGUGUAUUUCCAUGGUGGUGGGUUUUGUGUGGGCUCGGCCGCUUGGAGUUGCUACCAUGAAUUCCUUGCCAGGCUAUCUGUAAAAGCAAACUGUAUAAUUAUGUCCGUGAAUUAUCGUUUGGCUCCGGAAAACCCUCUUCCUGCUCCUUUUGAAGAUGGAUUGAAGACCCUUUUGUGGUUGAAACAAGUUGCUGUAGUUGGGGCCAAGCAGAAUUGGUGGUCAAGAUACUGCGACUUUACCAAAGUCUACCUUGGUGGUGAUAGUGCUGGUGGCAACAUAGCCUUCAAUGUAGCCGCAAGGCUUGGUGGUAAGACGACUGCUUCCGGAGCAGUGGUCUUGAAACCAUUAGUAAUUAAAGGUAACAUUUUGAUACAGCCAUUUUUUGGUGGGGAGUCAAGAACUAAGUCAGAGAAGUUUCUGGUCCAACCUCCUCGUUCACCGCUGACCAUGGCGGUUUCUGAUAAGUACUGGCGGUUGGCGUUGCCUUCCGGGGCAAACCGUGACCACCCAUGGUGCAGCCCUUCAGUAAAAGGGUUGUUUAAGGUGGAGGAUUUAAGGGUUUUGCCUAGUCUGAUUUGUAUAUCAGAAAUGGACAUAUUGAAAGAUAGGAACUUGGAGUUUUGCUCUGCGUUACAUACAGUGGGUAAGCUGGUCAAUUAUGUGGUUUAUGAAGGAGUCGGCCAUGCGUUUCAGAUUCUGAACAAGUCACAGCUCUCACAGACCCGGACCCAUGAAAUGAUUGAUCAUAUCAAGGAUUUCAUUAGUGUGUAGCUCCAGUAGACUUUGUACAAAAACGAACACUUCUUUCAGAUUUAGUUUUUUCCUCACAGAAGAGAGAAGAGAGAGAGAGAGAGAGUAUUCUUAUCAGACUUAUCACUACAAUUUCCCAUUUAACUUAUCUUUAUUAUAUACUUCAAUGGAGAGUACUGUACAAGUUGGAGUCCUAUGCAAACUUGCAUUUCGGAAUGUCCUAUAUGAAUAUAGAUUAUAUAUCUUUUCUGACUCUUACUGUUGCCUUUUCAAAUCUUUGCAAUUUGUUGAAGAUGGAAGUAUAAGGAAAAUACUAAAAGCUGCACUGUGUGGUGGGCCUCCACUCCACCCGUGAGAUGCAGUUCCCAUAAGAAGUAAGAAAGUGGAAGUUUAGCCUUAGCUAGGAGCAGAUAACCAAUUCAAUUUUGUAUGUCAUCCAUUUGUUCAGCAUGUCCGUUUGUGGUCAAACCGAGGAUAUUGUGCACUCGCAUGUGACAUCUAAGCCACGUGACUGGUUCGUGAUGAGUAAAUUCUUCUAUAGUAUGUUUUUGUUUAAUUUAUAUCCAUCUUAGACAUCUACACCUGGACUUAACACUCCAACAUCCCUGCCUCCUAUCAACUGCCAUGAUGUCCUAGCCAUCUCAUGGCAAUCAGAACAUGUUUUUCUAUUGAGGAGCUUUCAUUAAGAGAUGAAAAAAAUUCAUGGACAUACAAAAAAACAGUCUAAACGUAGAAAAAGGAACUCCAAUCCAAAGGAACAACGUCUAACUGAUAAGUACAAAAGUCUUUAGAAACCGACCCCACGAGGAAGUAUUAAAUCUAAUAAGCUCCCUAACCAUACUCCAUAGAUCUCCCACACCCUAAAGGUUCUAUUGUUUCUCUCAAGUCAUAUUCUCCAAGAAGUAGCCAGGAAGAAGGUCUGCCACAAAAACCUUUUCCUGUUCCGAAAGGGGGACAACAAUGCCUCAUCCAUCAUCGUUGGCAAUUGGAACAUGUUACUCAAGCAACUUAACAUGUCAAGGGACUAGAUUUAAUCAUGAUGACCGUCAAUUUAGACCCUUCUCAUUCCAUCAGUUAAGCAAGUUGUAGGUUGACCAACUCGACUCCGGUUAGCUUUCAGACAAAAGUAGUUCCAAAUAAUCACUUUACUUCUUCAAAAGUAGUAUAAGACUCCAUUCUGAAAGAAUCGAGUAUGGGCGUAUGAUACUCAAAAUUUUUGCUCACCGUUAACAUUUCAACAGCACUCAAAUUGCGAGUGAAUGUCAUCACUUUUGUACUUCUUUUAAGCUCUUGUCUUACAAGCUAGGCAGCAAACUUUGUCAGCAGCAAUAAUAUUGUCUCCUUUUUCGUUUCGU